UCGGACGACGGCCGCUAUCAAUGGGAUCGCCGAUAAUCCGGCAGGCAUAGAAAAUAUAGAGGCUCUUGUUGAAUUUCUUUCGAUUAUACUGGAUUUAACCGCUCUUUCUGCGCAUUUGUGAGAAGCAGUUUCAAGAGGAAAAUGUGGGGACUUUCGGUCAUGUGUUUUCGGUCAUAGAAGAGUUUCGCUCUCGGUCCCUGAGAUUUGUGUUCGUGUAGGCCGCCUAGGUACUACGGGGAAGACCGUUCGUCUCUAGCCGAGCUGCCAGCACCACAGAACACCCAUACAUAUGGCAGCACAGAAUGGAUCACGGCUUAUCUGCAUCUCUGCAUCUGAUUGGUGAUGAGUUAGCAGUUUAGUGAACAAGCGCUUUUCAUUCAUUAUGAUAUUUGCGUGUCAGAAGGACAGCUACCUUAGGAGUCUUAAAACUAGGGUAAUUGCCUGCAAUCCUGUAGUUGAUACAUCCGCGCAGGAUGUCUAUGAACUCUUGUUUGAGGAUACCGUGCUGUUUCCCGAGGGAGGCGGGCAACCUGACGACCAUGGACUGGUUGGUGAUGUGCCUGUUUUGCGUGUGUUCAGGCGAGGCGGAGAAGCUGUCCACGUCGUUCGCUCUCCCAUUGCAGUCGGUACAGAAGUGGAGAUGAGCGUGGACUGGAAUCGUCGCUAUGACCAUAUGCAGCAGCAUUCUGGCCAACACCUGAUCACUGCGGUGGCUGAGCAAGGAUUCGGCUUUCUGACGACCUCGUGGAACUUGGGUGAAGAAAUGAGCUUCAUUGAACUAGAUGCUCCAAAGGGGAUUAAGAAUGAAGACAUCCAGACAUUGGAAUCGCUAGUGAACGAGAAGAUAAGACAAUGCCUUCCGGUGUGUGUUAAUCUUUACGAACCUGGAUCUGAAAAGCUGCAGUCUGUUCGAACCAGAUUGAAAUUGCCUGACGGAGGAGGAGACCUAAUUCGCGUGGUGACCAUUGAAGGUGUGGAUUCGAACACUUGUUGUGGGACCCACGUCUCCAACUUGGGCCAUCUACAAAUGAUUAAGUUGCUGUACACGGAAAAAGGCAAGCAGGGUAAAACAAACCUUUACUUUCUAGUCGGAAGCAGGAUUCUGAAGUACCUGGAGAAAACAGUUUUGCGAGAAAAAGCAAUAACUUCCCUGUUAAAAUGUGGCCCCGACGACCAUACAUCGAUGGUUGAGAAGCUGAACAAAUCUCUAAAGCUUGCCAACAAAAAUUCACUCACUGUACUGCGGGACCUGGCAGUUGCUGAAGCAAGACUGUUGAAGCAGCAGGAACCACUGCCAGCAUUCCACACAUUACAUAGAAGAGAAGCAGAUGCUGAGUUCAUGGCAAUAUUUGCAAACGAACUGGCAGACAAAGAUGUUUUGCUGUUUCUGACUUGUGGUGAUGAGAAGGGCAGUGGCCAGUUCUUAUUAUCUGGCCCGGAAAACAUAGUGUCUGCCAUUGGGCCUAAGGUAUGUGAGCUGUUGGAUGGCAAGGGCUUCUUCAAGCACAAAAAGUUUCAAGGAAAGGCAUCUGCUCUCUCAGGAAGGGGAAAGGUGGAGAAACUUUUGAUGGAUCUACUGACGUCUGCCAGUAAAUAGUGUGGGUGGCUCCAAGAACUUUUGGUCUGUUAACGUAUCUGGUGUAAGAAAAGUAUUUAAAGAAAGUCCAUAGUUCUUAAUAUUGUACAGAUUCAUUUCGUGUAAUUAAAUUGGAUGCCCUUCA